GCAAAACAUCAUGGAGCACGAGAUAGAUGUCUGGAUUGCACAGCUGAGCCAGUGCAAGCAGCUCUCCGAGGCUGAUGUUAAGCGGCUUUGCGACAAGACACGGGAAAUCCUGAUGGAGGAGUCAAACGUGCAGCCUGUGAGGUGUCCGGUGACUGUCUGCGGGGAUAUUCAUGGGCAAUUCCAUGAUCUUUCAGAGCUCUUCCGCAUCGGCGGGAACUCACCCGACACCAACUACCUUUUCAUGGGCGACUACGUCGACCGAGGUUACUACUCGGUCGAGACAGUCACCCUCCUUGUUGCGCUCAAACUCCGCUAUCGCGACCGCGUCACCAUCCUGCGCGGAAAUCACGAGUCCCGACAGAUCACGCAAGUGUACGGAUUCUACGACGAAUGUUUGCGAAAGUACGGCAACGCCAACGUGUGGAGAUACUUCACAGACCUCUUUGACUACCUUCCCCUCACUGCUUUGAUUGAAAACCAAAUUUUCUGUCUUCACGGUGGCCUGUCACCAUCCAUCGAUACGCUUGAUCACGUACGUGGCAUUGAUCGCGUGCAAGAAGUUCCCCACGAAGGGCCCAUGUGCGAUCUCCUCUGGUCGGAUCCCGAUGACCGAUGCGGGUGGGGUAUCUCGCCUCGAGGAGCAGGAUACACCUUCGGGCAAGAUAUUAGUGAGGCAUUUAACCACAAUAAUGGACUAACGCUGGUUGCGCGGGCGCACCAGUUGAUCAUGGAGGGUUAUAAUUGGAGUCAGGACCGUAAUGUCGUCACUAUCUUCUCUGCGCCGAACUAUUGCUACCGCUGCGGCAAUCAAGCAGCAAUUAUGGAAAUGGACGAAAAACUAUCUUACAGCUUCCUCCAAUUCGAUCCUGCGCCGCGUGUUGGCGAGCCUCUCGUGACACGACGUGUACCGGACUAUUUCCUGUGAUUGCAUUCUCAGUCGCGCAUAUACUUGGUGACCGUAACUCUUCUUCAUGUUACUUAGUACUGUACAUACAACUGUCACAUACUCAGUGUAGCUCAUCCUGAUUGCCAAGACGAUACCUUUUCUUCCUGUGUAUUCUUUCUAAUAUUCUGCUCGAGGGGACGAGAACGGACACGUAGAAGACAAUAUCAAGUAUCAAGUAUUGAAAUCCGG